AUUCACAUCACGGCUUCUCCUUUUAGUGCACGUGUUCUGGCAACUCGAGGCAUUUCAGUUCUAUCCGAAGAUGGCGCAGAAAUUGGAUUCUAAGGAUGAGAGCUUGCAUGAGGAGUUGCGAAAUUUGCACGUGAACUCUCACUCAAAGAUCGACAAAGCCAUAUCGUUCGAAGAACACGGACGCCUUGAAGAGGCAUUGGCAUUGUACAAGGAAGCAAUGACUAUGGUGGACAAGGCCCUACAUCUCAGAUUUGAUGGGCCUCAUUGUACUGGAGAGGUUUUUGAUGAUGCAAGACAGAAGCAGAGAGAGAUUCGGAAAGCAAGGAAGGAAAUAAUGGGAAGAAUAUCUUGCUUGGAGAAGGAGUUGGCUCUUAUUGCAGCCAGAGGCCCCCCACCUCCAUAUACUGCAUCUGCACGACCUGCCCCACUUCCACCUGCAAGAGGAAGGAAAGAAAACCAGCCACCCCCAGGAUCAGCUGGAGGUGUAUCAAGUCCUCUACCUGGUACAAGAGGACAGCAGUCAUCUGCUGCUGUUGGCAAGGAUGUGAAAACCCCAAAUUCACUUGGAAGUGCAGGCUUUCCUAGGGACAACAGUACAAGUGAAAAUCCUGUGCUGUAUCCAGAGAUUAGAAGAAUGCAUAGAGAACCCUCAAUUGAGGGACUGAUGAUUGAAGAAUUACUCCGGAUAGACAAUGUGUCUCUUUAUCACAUCUCAUCAAAUGGAGAGGUGGAUGUGCCUUCAUAUCCCCAGAAGCUUAUCAUCUUUAGAUUUCCUGGUGAACCUCCACCAAAUGCAGCCAAAGCUGGGUUGCAAAUAGGAGACGAGUGGGUCUUUCCCUUGGUGCCAGGACAGAGUCCAGUUCUUCAAGAUAGCCAUGGCAGAUUUUUGUUCCCAGAUUUAGGAAGUCCUGAAUCAGGGGAAGCAUAUGGGCUGUUGUUUGAUACCAGCACUCCUACUGAAGUUCAGCAGCAGUUCCAAGACCUCAUUCAGGAAUUGACUGCUUUGAAGACAGAAGAUCAAGUUCCAGGUGCAGAAACAAUGGCAGAAAAGAUAUCUUAUGGUUUGAUCAAAGGUGCUGAGUUUCUUUCCAGUGCCAUUACUACAUUGGCAGAAAAAGGCAGUGUUCAUUUUGGGAAGGGUGCAGAACAUGUCAUAGCCAGAACAUCUCAGAAUGAGAAUCCUGUAAAAGUUGAUGGGAGCCUGGCUCAAACACUGAAGAGUGCAAGAAGAAAGACCCUAGGAGCUGCAACAGCAUCUCUUGGGGCAUAUGCAGCUCAACGCCUCAGUUCAUCAACAAGAUCGUAUUUGCCAGAUGAUAAGGCAAAGAAAAUUGGUGGUGUUAGUAGUGUUGUGACAGUUGCAUCGGGAGCUUUAGAGGGAUUUGGAGCAGUGUAUCUGGCACUGGAGAAGGCAAGUCGAGCACUUGCAUCCAGCUUCACUGACAACACAGUCAAAGUCAUCCAGCACAAGUAUGGAGAUGAAGCAGGUGCAGCUGCUGCUGACACGUUGUAUACAGUCGGACAUGCUGCCAAAGCUGGUCAUGACAUACAAAACAUGGGAGUGAAAUCACUUGCUAAAGCUACAGCCAAAGAAACAGGCAAAGCUCUGGUGAAGGACUUGCAUGGCAAGUAUGGUAAAGAAGGCAAGGCAACUGAUAUGAGUGGCACAGCUUCUUCAUACCCUCCUAAAGUGGCCUCUGGAACCGCUAUAAACUCCAUAGCCAAUAGUGCUUCUUCAAACAGCAAACAUCCUUCAUCUGGAACAUCAGAGAAUACCAAAGAGAAUAGGAAUUCAAAGGACCUUGACCCCAAGAAGUCUUGAGAUGCAUAGUUGCUGCCACGAGAGAUGACAGGCAGAGUGUGGAGCCAACAUGCAGUGUUGAAAUAUGUCUAUCGUGUAUGUUAUUAUAAAGAAGAUUCCCAUCCAGAAAACAUGUUCUGUUGGUCUUGUGUAUAGUCUUGUGCAGUACUUGUUGAAAAUUAAAUUAACCUGGUUAUGAACCCAUUUGAAUAAGAAAAAUUAAAUAUAAAUUAGAGAAUAUUCAGCACUUCAUCUUAUGAUGGGUCAUCUGAUGCAAAGAAUCAUCAUUCCCCUUUGGCUGUUUUUCAGCUUAUCCACUGGUCCCACCUCUUGACUGUCAUCUCUCAUGCCAUCCACUACAUGAAUUUCACUCUUUGUUGUGGCCAUUCCUGAGGGAAUGGUGAUGUUCUGGUGAUAUCACCUACUUCCUGAAUGCAUUAUUUUAUCACUUUCAAUGUCAUGGUUGUAAAAUAUCUGCUUGUCUUUGAAAAAGCUUAAGUGCUAAAAGGAUAUUAGAGGCCUUUGUGUUUCAUGCAAGUCAUCUUCCUGAUAUGCUUUGAAUAUACAGAAAUAAAUUCAUUAUUUUUUAUGGUGCUGUAAGAAUCAUGAAAAGACCAAACUCAGUGAACUGUGAUUAUGUGAACAAUUGAUUAGGAACCAGCCAGGCUUACCAAAUAUGAUGAGAUGAAAGAUACAAUUUCCCCAGAUCUUUUUCUCCUUCUUGUGUUCACACCAUAACAUGAACUCUUCCUGCCAUGACCUUGUGAAUAUUUUUAUGAUGCAGUAAGCCUAAGGUGAUUCUUUUGGGAUAGCAUUGGACUGACAUGCUUAACUAUCAUAUUCUAUCAGGGUUUUUCAUUUUGCUGCUCAUAAAUUGCAUAAAAGUAGUGCUCCUAUUUGUUUUCUGUGAUAAAGAGUCUUGGUGCUGGAAAAGAAA